AUGGCCCAAUGGGUUUGGAUACUGCCCUUGCUUGCAAUUUGCCCACAUGGAAUUGCUGGGCAAGCCCAGCAACGCUUUCAGCUAGAGGCCGAUAUCAGGGGGGAAAAUGUUGUGGGAACAGAGGCAGACAAUCCAAGGCUGCACGGGCGCUUUCUACACAUCACAGAUAUACAUCCGGAUCCUCACUACAAACCUUUCAGUAACUCGGACUCGAAACAUGAAUGUCACAGGGGGAAGGGACAUGCAGGGUAUUUGGGAUCGGCUGGCUCCGAUUGUGACGCGCCAUUUGCCCUCGUCAACGCUACGUUUAGAUGGAUAGAAGAAAAUUUAAGCAACUCUAUUGAUUUCGUGGUGUGGACUGGUGAUUCAGCCCGGCAUGACAACGAUGAAAACAUUCCACGCACCGAGAAAGAAAUUAUUUCACUGAACCAGGCUAUGGUUGAGAACUUUCAAGAAGUCUUUUCCGAAAAGAAGAAAAGUGAUAAACACUUGCGCAUCCCAAUCGUUCCGACUAUUGGAAACAAUGACAUGAUGCCGCAUAAUAUCUUUCGUGCUGGCCCAAAUCGUUGGACAAGGAUCUACGCUAGCAUGUGGAACAGGCUCAUUCCCGAAGAGCAGCGCCAUUCCUUUAUACAAGGCGGGUGGUUUUAUGUGGAAGUCGUGCCGAAUCGGUUGGCCGUAAUCAGUUUGAAUACUAUGUACUUCUUCGACUCCAACAAUGCUGUUGAUGGGUGCAAUCAUAAAUCCGAGCCAGGAUACGAACAUAUGGAAUGGCUCCGGAUCCAACUUCAAUUCAUGCGGGAUAGGAACAUGAAAGCCAUCUUAAUCGGACAUGUUCCUCCAGCAAGGACGGCCUCAAAAAGAAACUGGACCGAGUCAUGUUGGCAGAAGUAUACUUUAUGGUUGAAACAAUACCGUGACAUUAUUGUUGGCAGCGUCUUCGGCCAUAUGAACAUUGACCAUUUCAUGCUUCAUGAUUUUCAAAAUUUGAAAAUUGGUGAUCAAGGAGCCAUUACACUCGAAGGCGGUGAUAGCCAUACUUCUGAUGAGUUAACCACACAAUCUAGGACAACCUAUCUGCGCUCUCUUCGGGAUCUGUGGGCUAAAUUACCAUCCCCGCCUUCUAAAAAGGCUAAUCCUCACCUGGCAGGCUGGAUCGAACAAACCUCAAAACUCACUGUCAACAAGUCCAAAAAGAAAUAUCACCGCCAGAUCGGCGGAAGAUGGGCUGAAAGAUAUGCCCUCUCUUUGGUAUCGCCUAGUGUCGUUCCCAACUAUUUCCCGACUUUAAGGAUUAUAGAAUACAAUACAUCAGGAUUGAGCGGCUUAGACUUAUGGUCCCACCACGAUGCGGAUGAUGGUGAUGUAUUUGAGGCUCAGGCUUCCCUUAACUCAACUCCCAACAUUACAUUGGAAAGUGAAUUGGAGCAGUCGAAGAAGAAAGGUCGAACGAAGAAGAAGAAGAAGCACAGAAAGAAGAAGAAGAAGCCUCCUAAGUUCACCGUCCCUACACCACCUUCGAGUACAGCGCCUCCAGGGCCCGCUUAUUCAAAUCAGCCGUUCACCUGGUUGGGGUAUUCCCAGUACUUUGCCAACAUCACGAGGACCAAUGCACAAUUAGGAAAGAAGCCCGUGGCAGCGAUAACCCCAAGCUGGCGUGAAUACCAGCUGCAGAAAGCUGAAGAUCCAACAAACACGUUCGGUGGGGACCCUUUCAAAUUCGAGGUUGAAUACGACACUCGUACCGACAAAGCCUUUGGGCUAAAGGAUAUGACGGUUAAGAGCUAUUUAAAACUGGCAAGAAAAAUUGCGGACAGUCCAGAGCUAACUCAGAGUUGUAUCAGCCAUGGCUCGUCUUGCGGUAAUCUCGUGGCCGGGAAAACGGCUGAAUCUGAGAACGAGAAUUUACCCUUUUUUCUGCCUGAAGAGAGUAAAGGGGUUGUCUCCAUCUCUCGGAAAAAUGUAUGGAAAUGGUUUUUACGCCGAGCAUUUGUCGGGUACUUUUCUGACAAGGAGUUGCAUGACUUAAUCGAUGGGGUCUAA